AUCUCCAAGAAGCCAAAAAACUUCAGCUCAGAAAUCUCCAAAACAAUCUUUCAAAAUAGCAACCAUCAAGCAACAACUGUGCUCUCUAGCCAUGGCAGACGAAUUCAAUACAACCAACAACUGGUGGGAUUCUUCAAGAACCCGUUUUGAUACCAGCGGCUCUUCUUCUUCAUCUUCAGGCCUCAAUAGCUUGGGGAGCUUCGGAUGGCCCAGCGAAAUGGUGGAUAUCAAAGCUAGAACCUCUAUAGACACUCAAAAGCUUCAACAACUCCCUCAUGAUUCUUCUUCCGCCACUGCCGCCGCUGGCUCCGAUUUGCAUAUGAUGGGCUUAGGCCUCUCUUCACCAUCUAUGGAGUGGAACCAAAACUUACUUCGGGGUGAAAAAUCUGAGAACAAUUUUCGAUCGAUGCUGCAAGAGAACUUGAAUUCGAGUGCGAAUUAUGAGCAAGAAACGGGGAUGGGAUCCUCUCAAGUUCAUUGGAGAUCGGAGAAAUUAUUUUCUGGGGACUCGUCAGCGACUGAGUUCAAGCAAAUCAACAGAGGCUUUUCUUUAGAUCAGCCGCAGUUUAGUCCUCACGGCAGCUCCAGUGACAGCACCGUCACAUGCCAAGGUUUGCCAUCGAGUUUUCAGAUGGAUUCAUCGGUUUUAUACGGUAGCCCUUCAACAAUUUUACAAGGAAUAUUAGGCCCGCCGGAGAAUAACAAUAAUAAUCAGCCACACCAAUCUUCCAUGAUUUAUCAAUACGGCGGCAACCAUGAGCUGCUUCCUUCAUGGCCAAAAGUUCCUCAAUUCUUGAGAACUUCACCGCCGAAACAGCCUCCGCAGCACAGCCAGUUACACUUCUCCAAUAACGCCCCAUUCUGGAACGCCUCUGCCGCCUCCAUGAACGAAGUUCGACCCUCAGGCUUCUUUCCAUCGUUGCAAACACCAUAUGCAACACAAAACUACGAUGAAAAACCCAAGCGUACUAUAUCCGAAGCUCGGGAGUCCACAACAGUGGGAAAGAAAAGUAACAGUGGAAGUGAAACUACUUCGAAAAGGGCUCGAAACGAAGCGGCAUCACCUAUGCCGGCUUUUAAGGCGAGGAAAGAGAAGAUGGGGGACAGAAUCACUGCACUGCAACAAUUGGUUUCACCUUUUGGAAAGACUGAUACUGCUUCAGUGCUCUCUGAAGCCAUUGAAUACAUCAAGUUCCUCCAUGAACAAGUCAGUGUUUUAAGUACUCCAUAUAUGAAAAGUGGAGCUCCCAAUAUUCAACACCAACAGAAUUCUGAAAGGUCGAACGACACUGAAGGACCGAAACAAGAUCUUCGAAGCCGGGGAUUGUGUCUGGUACCAAUUUCAAGUACAUUCCCAGUGACACAUGAGACCACAGUUGAUUUUUGGACACCAACAUUUGGAGGAACUUUCAGAUAGAGGAAGAAAAUUUGUCUCAUCAGCAUGUAAACAUCUUGUCAAGUUUAGCCCUAGCCAAGGCAAGCCAAGAAGGGGAAAUAUUCUUAAUAAGAGAUUUAUAUUUGAUUUAAUUAUGAAGAAAUUUAACAAGGUGAUCUUCUGAUGAUGAUGAUAAACUGUCUAGUCCAGGAUGGAAAAAGGACUGAUUGUUGAAAGAAAUUUGUAAAAGGGGAGAAAAAAAAUUAGGGGCAACUUCAGGACAAAAUGAUAUAAGUUUGCCCAAUAUUUGGGACCAUUGGGGAGGCAAAUUACUUGAAAUAAUUGAAGAAUUAUGAUGAUUUUAAGGUUGGCAAUAGGGGUAUGAAGUAGCAUUAUAUGUAUAAAUAAUGAACACAAACUUAUGCAGAGAUGAUGAUAUGUCACUAUAUGAUUACGUGUUACUUUAUUUUUAAUUCGAAAUACCUUAAUCAUAAAGUGACAUGUCAUCAUUUGUGUAUAAAUGUGUGCACAUAGUUUUAUUGUAGGGGUAUGUGAUCAAUCUUUAUGUUAUGAUUUUAGGAAGACUUAGUGAAUCAUAUUAAUUUGUACUAAUUGUAGCAUUUGAUGAUCAUUAAUUAAGGUUACUAAAUUAAUUACA